UGGAGCGUAGUGGCGACGUGAAUUCAUGUGAGAAGUGGAGAGUUAUUUGUAUUAUCGGAGAGUGUGUGUGCGCGCGCUGUGCGGGUAUCAGGGGGUGUGUGUGUGUGUGUUUGCGGGGCAGCGAGCGAGCGAGCGUUCGUUCCGUGCGUGCGUUUGUUUAACGCAGCAGCAAAGGCGAGCGAGCUGGCGGACUUCAACAUGGCAUCCGGCGAAACGCUGUACAUCGAGACGGACGGCUCGGAGAUGCCCGCGGAGAUCGUGGAGCUGCACGAGAUCGAGGUGGAAACGAUCCCCGUGGAAACCAUCGAGACGACGGUGGUCGGCGGGGACGAUGACGACGAGCACCAGCCCAUGAUCGCGCUGCAGCCGCUGGUGACGGACGACCCGAGUCAGGUCCAUCACCAUCAGGAGGUGAUCCUGGUCCAGACCCGGGAGGAGGUGGUCGGCGGGGACGACUCGGAUCUCCGGGCGGACGACGGCUUCGAGGACCAGAUCCUCAUCCCGGUGCCCGCGCCCGGCGCCGAGGACGAGUACAUCGGGCAGACUCUGAUGACAGUCGCGGGGAAGAGCUCCAUGGGGCGGAUGGGCAAGAAAUCAGCCUCGGGGGGCAAGAAAGCGGGCAAAAAGAGCUACCUGAGCGCGGCGGAGGCAACCGGGAGGAAAUGGGAGCAGAAGCAGGUGCAGAUCAAGACUCUGGAGGGCGAGUUCUCCGUCACGAUGUGGGCAUCGGAUGACAAGAAGGACAUCGAUCAUGAGACGGUGGUGGAGGAGCAGAUCAUCGGGGAAAACUCUCCUCCGGAUUAUUCCGAAUACAUGACGGGAAAGAAGCUCCCGCCCGGAGGAAUCCCGGGAAUCGACCUGUCAGACCCGAAACAGCUGGCAGAGUUCGCCAGCCCCUUCAAUAACAGUGGCGGUCAUUUUGCUCGUAAUCCCGUUCGAAUGAAGCCGAGGAAGAUCAAGGAGGACGAUGCGCCUAGAACGAUAGCCUGUCCACACAAGGGCUGCACUAAAAUGUUCAGGGAUAAUUCAGCCAUGAGGAAGCACCUUCACACCCACGGCCCGCGGGUUCACGUGUGCGCCGAGUGCGGAAAGGCCUUUGUGGAGAGCUCCAAAUUAAAGCGCCAUCAGCUGGUUCACACUGGAGAGAAACCUUUCCAGUGUACGUUCGAGGGCUGCGGGAAGCGUUUCUCUCUGGACUUUAAUCUCCGGACACACGUCCGAAUUCACACCGGGGACCGGCCCUACGUUUGCCCGUUCGACGGCUGCAAUAAAAAGUUUGCUCAGUCCACCAACCUCAAAUCACACAUUCUGACACACGCGAAAGCCAAAAACAACCAAUGAACACUUGCGCCGCGCUGUGUCCUAAAGCCCUGACGCUCAAAGCAUCUUAACACUGGAGACACGAGCUCUAGUCCUCUCACGAGGACCCGAAGGAACCGCCAUGACUGUAAAAGACUAAAAAAAGCGAAACGUUCAGAACCCCUGCAUUCAAAUCGAUCUCAAACUGACCUUCCUGAACGUUCGGGACGCGGCGGAGCUCCUGAAACCCGUCGACGGAUGAUGCUUUUUACCACGACAAACGACAACAUCGGGACUGUUGCUUCAUUUUUUUCCACUUUUACGUCAGUCUCUCUGGUCUUCAUAGAUAUAUAGCUUUUAAUUUUCUAUUUCUCCAAGUGUGCAUAUUGUACACUUAUUUUUGGGAUAUGCUUCGUAAUGCUACCUGUGAUUAUUAAUUAUCCCUGAGAGUUUGACACAUUCUUCACUGAAAUGAGUUACUGUAAACGAAGUGUACAUUUCCUUUUCCUGUCUUCUCUUCCUCUGUUGUUUGGUAUGGUUGUAAUGGAAGCGUUUAAUAAUCUGGUGUACGUGUGCCGAACGAGAUCAUGUAGUUUUCCUGCUUUAGUCAUGAGUUGUUUUGUCCUCUAUCGUACCACAGUGGGAAGGACGAUUUAGUUCACUUUAAACGCACCGGUCCGUUUCACCGCGGUAAACUGCAGUGUUACCUGUCCUUUCUUUUCUUUGUUAGAAUGUAUUGUGAAGGUCUAAACCAUGAACUAUCCUUUGUUAAUAUUUACACCUAUAUUUACACCUCACCUGUAUUUCAGCAAACUACAAUUAAAGAGGGGAAAAACCA